AUCAUGUAACGAGAAUGGAUUAGUUCAACAUCAAGCUGAUAAAAAUAUUACUGUAACAUUGCAGCAGGGGUUUACCUGAGUUUCCAGCAUGUUGUGUGAAGCUGUCUCCCUGUCUGUCUAUAGCGCUCUCAGUCUGCCUUUUCUCCGGGAGGAUUGUGUCGAUAUGCGGCUCGCUGCGCUGAAUUAAGUAACGUUACGGAGCCGGUGUUGAUCUGCCUCUGAGACGGGAACGUUGAAGUAACAGAGCCUGAACAUGUCUGAGUGAAUAGCCGCAGCCUGCAUGCUGGCGUUCCCGCGUUUAUUGCAAGAUUUCUGUAUGAAAGUGGUAGUGUUUCGGAUUAUGCUCGCUCAUGAGUUCAAGCGAGCACGCGUGUUAAAACCGCACCGCUAGUGGCCGCUGGAAACUACAUAAUGCCCCUUUAAGCUGUAUUUUGUUCCAGGCACAUUGUCUGUUGAAGAGCUAAAGUUAAAGUUAGGCAGCCCAGUUUGUGCCACAUGUAUGGGCAGACAUUCAGGUCACAGAGGUAAUCAUCAGUUUCUCUUAAAGAUAAUUAUCUGGCAAUGAUUGAAAAAGAAGUUCUUUUAAAAACAAUAACUGUUGUUCUGAUGGUAUUUUCAGAAUCCUCAAAGACCUUUCUAACCACUUGGAUGAAAAAAUAUUCAAAAAUAUUUUGAAACAGUUUUCCAAGUUGUGACUGUAUCUCCUUGCCAGCUAGUAGGCAGGCUGCCAUCUUUAUUUUAAGGUGCUCCAUUAGAAACAACCUGGCGCCAAGAAGCUACUGUACCAAUGUCUGAUAUGUAAAUAUAGUUCAUGUUAACAUUAAGUGUGAUUAGAAACUGAAAAACUCAACUGGGAUUAUCUUUCUCAAAUGUCCAGUAAAUCUGACUUGGUGGUUAAUAAUAUAAACGUGCCUUAAGAUGCAAACAAACUUGAUCGUCUCACAUCAGCUGAAGUCCAUGAGUUGUCCAAUGACGUGAACGUUUGGGGAUAGGAAACAAAUGCAGACAACUGUUCACGGGUUUAUUGCAAAGGUGAACAUGUAAAAGCUUACCAGCAGGUGCACAGACAAGUACCAGUUCAGGGUGAAGGGUUCAUAGGGGGCAGGCAGGCACUGGUUCAAAGUACAGGAGUAGGUAAACAAGGAACAGGUACAGCUGGCUGGAUCUAACAUACAAGAUUGCAAUUUAGACAAUCUGACAGUGACUGCUUGGGGUAUGCUGGUAUAAUGCUGCGCUCCAGUCACAAUUGGAGGUCGGAAUUUCCCUGUAGAAACUUCUGACCUCAAAGCGUUUCAGGCACAUGACGCCAAACGUGAACGAAAAACGUGGUGACAAACUGAUGUUUCUCUGUCAAGUGCACACACAGUUGAACCCACAGCAGUGUCUUGUCAGUAUCUGUUAAUUAAAAAGAGCUGUUUUAAUGAAAACAAGUGACAUAAAUAUAUGUUACUUGUUAUCUCUGUUCCCAUCUGCCUUCAUUGGUUGGUAAUCUGCAAGUAAAUGUGUAUUUCCUAAUGGUUUCACAUUGUUUGGCCAUUAUUGUGUGACCUCAGACCGCUGCUUCUUCGUGAAGUCAGGGUAGAUGGAUUUGCCCCGAGUUCACAAGUCUGACCUUGAGUGGCUUUACAUUGUUUUUCUAGUUGGAGGUCAGAAAUUUUUGAGCUCUGAGUUAUCUGGAAUGCAGCAUAAGUGCUGCUGGGCAGAUGAGGAAAGUGGGAACAUGUGUAGGUGGGAGGGGAUGUCAGGUGACCGCGACUGGCAAGAACAUUUGAGGGCAUCCAGUGGAUUGCUCAUCUGGGGUGUUAGAGGAGAGUACUUGACAAAUUUAGAUAACAAAAGGACUUCAGGACACUUCCAUGCUUCAUCACAUCACAUAAGAGGGCUCUUUAGCAACAUUUGAUCCUCUUGUUCGUAGCAUAGACACAUCAAAUUGCGUGUUGCAAUGUCAUGUAAAAUAAAAUCCCCCCUUAAGAAAUGAUUUGAUCUGUUGCUACUUAUCCACCUGAGAGUUUAAAUAAUUUGUAGACAGCCAAUCAAUAGUUCACUGAUUCAAGUCUCUUCUUGUAAUCCUACCCACUACCCAUCAUGCUCUGGGAGGUUUCUAAGACUACCCUGAUAGUCAACAAACAUGGCUGCUGCUGCUGCAUGGAGCUCUCAUGAGCGAUGCUGCUCCCACAUCCCAAUGUUCUCAGCCCGACAUCCCAUGAUCCCCAAACUGUAUGUGAUGCCAUGGAAACAGGACAUGAAGAACCAGAGGCUCCUGAUGAAGAACGCAGCUCUGGCUGGGAUCCCUGUGGCUCCUCUUGAGGAGUCUUUGUGCUUUUGUGGUCGGGAGCGUCUCUGCCACAGUCAGAACUCCACCCACAACUCCACCUCUUCAUCCUCCUCCUCGGCUCCUCUCAGCCAAACAGAACAGACAGCUCAUCACUCCUCCCACUUGUCCAGGUACAACAGCUCUGUGGUGACGACAAGGGGGCUCUACCAAUCCUGAAGACGGAUCACACAAAUAUUAUAAAACAAAUAUGCUUUACACUCUGAAUAGUUUUAGCCAUCACAACAGUUUGCAAAACAGAGUCAGUCUCCUUCUAAAUGAAAAGAAGAACCAUGGCGCCAUACACAAUAUUAAAAUUGAAAAAACCAUCACCUUCAAAUUACAUUUGUCUUCUCGCCACAAACUACAAGAUAUGAAAAUACCAUGGCCUGGCAGUAUAAUGUAUUCUUUAUGUAUAUAUGUCUGCUUGAAGCGGGAAGCCUCCAGUCUGAGACGUGAAUCCAAUGCAGAAGUCUCUUAAACCUGCAUUCUAUUGAACGGCCAGCAGGGGGCGACUCUUCUGGUUGCAAACACAAGUCCGGUUCCAUUAGAAAUAGCCUAAUGGUAAAAUAACCCUACUUCUCACAUGAUUUAUUACCUCAGUAAACACCAAACCAAGGCUUCAAAACAGCAGUCCACAAACCAACGGGUGGCGUCACGAUGACUUUGUCUACUUCUUUUAUACAGUCUAUGGUCUGCAUACACCUAGUAUACAAAAAAUAUUGGAGACAUAUUCAAUAUAAAAGAAUAAAAAUAACAGACAACUGAUGUAUAAGGUGCAUAAGAAGUACAUGAGAUAAAUGUGUGUAGAUGUAUGCAGAUAUAAAGGUGAUAUGCAUUGAACUUAAAAAUUGCACAAAACGUACAGACACUUCUCAAAUUGAAAAAUUUGAGCCAGAAAAACAAAUACAGGAAAGACUUAGGAAUAUAAAAGCUUCAUUAGCAUCUCUGCAAAAAAAAUAAAUACAUUUUUAAAAAUUCUGGUUUCUGAUUGGCUAGCAGAUGUCUUUUUAAAUUAUUUUUUAAAUUUUAUUAUUUUAGGGUCAAUACAUGUCCCUUUUCUCUAUAUCUGUCUGCAUGUAUCCUAUCACAUUAAUCAUCAAUUUGACAAUUUGAGUGACACGCCCUUUUUCCUACUUUAGUUAAUGGUUAUUUUUAUUUAUCUAUUUUGUCUUACAGUAGGGUACCUCUUUAAAACCAACAAGGUCUUUGUCUAUUUUAUUAGUAGAACUGGUCCUGUAGUUUUUAUGUUCACCACAGGAUGUCAGUGUUUGUAAAUGUAACCCAUCACAGGAGCUUGAUUGCCAACAUGGCGCAGGAGCUGCCUCAGUGAUGUUUCUUUAACCUGAUGUUGCCAGGUACAUCCGGGUACAUCUUCUAAUUUCCACCAAGUGUUCAUACAAAUGUUUUAUUUUGAUGAGUCUGCUCUUUGUCAUGUUAUAAACAAUAAGAUUCUGGAGUGAACCGGCAUAAUUAUUAUUUCUUUGUUUUUGGUUAUAAGUUUAUUUUUUUAUACUAGCCUAUCAAUUAAUCAUUGAAAUGUUAAAAUUGUGUUUAAUAUGCAUUACAGGUCUGUGCCAUUUAAUUAAGUGUCCCACAAGUAAGUAACAAGAAAAAGUACAAUUUCAAAGCAUUUUAAAAUUUCAUUCCAUUUUAGAAUUAAAUUAGGCCUAAUUAAUUGAAUUUUGAAAUAAAUUGAUUUAAUUACAUCACUUUGUAUUAUCUCUUGCUCACUGCCCAUCAUUUAAAUGCAAAUUUAAUUCAUAAUUGCAUUUAAAAAAUAAGUGAUUACAUAAAACACUGAGAUUCAAUUACUCAAGUGGCACUCUCAGGACUCCAUACUCCCUAAACGUCAUUAUUACAUCAUCAAAUUAACAAUAACAUCCCAGUAAACUAACUGUAAACUGGUAACAUCGUGAUGAUGGCAUGUUGCCUCUAACUGAUAAAAUGUAAUCUUAACUUUUUU